GACAGAGACGGAGACGGAGACGGAGACGGAGACGGAGAUAGAGAGUCCAGUGCACUGAUUGGUUGUUUGUGUAAGUGUGUGUUCCACCAGGCACCCAGACUGAUUGGAGCGUCAGUCAGACAGCGAGCCAUGCGAGGGCAGCGUGUAGCAGAUUGUGUGCGUAGACCAUGUGGAGGCUGGAAAGUGGUUGUCUGGCUGCUGUUGUCCCUGCUAGGUUCCCUGCUACUGGUGGGCAUCAGUGGGAUUCUGCAGAUCGAUAUGACCAAAAUCAGCAGACGAGCCAUAUCCACCAAUAGCACGACGACGAUGACUGCCAUGAAGACAACGCAUUCUCAAGUGCGUCUGGUGAACGGGCGUAACAGGUGUGAGGGGCGUGUGGAGGUUUGGCACAACGGGACAUGGGGCACAGUGUGUGAUGACGAUUGGGACAUGGUAGAUGCCAACGUGGUGUGUCGGCAGUUGGACUGUGGUCUGGCCAUGGCGGUGGGCAGCAUCUCAGAGUAUGGCCAGGGCUCAGGGCCCGUCCUGCUGGACAAUGUUGACUGCAAAGGAGGGGAGACAGACCUGGGACAGUGUGGAAGUCUGGGCUGGGGCAUCCACAACUGUUACCACUAUGAGGACGUGUCUGUCGCAUGUAAAGAUACAUCAGUGCUGGAGUCACGGGGCAUGGGCGAGCCCACCACUCCGUCUAGGAGAAACUCAGGAUUAAGAGAUGGUACGAUCCGGCUAGUUGGUGGACUGGACUACUGCCAGGGACGGGUGGAGGUCUACUACCGUGGCAGCUGGGGGACGGUGUGUGAUGACGACUGGGGUAUGAGAGACGCAGGGGUGGUGUGCCAGCAGAUAUACUGUGGCCAUGCCAUUUCCUCCACCACCAACGCCUAUUUUGGCUACGGGACAGGCCUGAUUCUACUGGACAACGUCAACUGUAAUGGCCACGAGAACCAGCUGAGUAAAUGCUACAGCCUGGGCUGGGGGAUACACAACUGUGGACAUCAUGAGGAUGCCGGGGUUGUCUGUUCAGGCUCAGGAUCCACUACCGUUCCUCCUAUGAACACUGACACCAUGGGCAAGGGAUUCUUUCAGACUGCCAGCACUGCAGUAACCGACCAAACAGAAUUAGUCACCGAAGCAACUACGGCUGUGACAACGGUUGCCAUGACAACGAGAGAGCGGACCACCAUCCGCGUGGUGAAUGGUAACAGCAGCUGCCAGGGCCGUGUGGAGGUGUUCCACAACAACCAGUGGGGCACGGUGUGUGACGAUGACUGGGAUCUGCCCAAUGCCCAGGUGGUGUGUAGGCAUCUGGGCUGUGGCCCUGCCAUCUCUGCCAAGGUCCUGGCCUACUUCGGCUACGGCUCGGGCCCCAUCCUGCUGGACAAUGUGGACUGUAGAGGCAGUGAAGGGGAGCUGGCGGCUUGUUUCCACCUGGGCUGGGGACAGCACAACUGUGGACAUCAUGAAGACGCUGGAGUCAUCUGUACACCCUUUCAGCUUGUGGGACCUGGAAAUGACUUUGGGAUGACAGAGAGAACGCCCACCACUAGACCACCAAGUGAAGGCCUGGCGAGGCUGGUGGGCGGGCAGCACCGCUGCGAGGGCCGGGUGGAGAUGUUCUCAGGGGCGGAAUGGGGUACGGUGUGCGACGAUGCUUGGGACAUGCCUGAUGCCCAGGUGGUGUGUCGCCAGCUGGGCUGUGGGGAGGCUGCUGCGGCCCGUGGGGAGGCCUUCUUUGGGCCCGGCAGCGGCACCAUCCUACUGGACAAUCUGAAGUGCAGCGGCUCUGAGGCCUCGCUCCAGCAGUGCUCCCACAUAUCCUGGGACGUGCACAACUGUGACCACUCUGAAGACGCCGGCGUCACCUGCUCACUAUCGUGAUUCCAGCAGUGAUUCGCCACCAUGGAGCCGCCAAACUCCUCCCAACUCCACUGCCAACUAAUAGGACGGGCACCAUGGGUAGCACAACCCGGGACUUGUAAACAUUAUGUAAAUAACAGCUCAUCCCAAUGCCAAACAUAAGGAAGACCACAACAACAACAAACAAACAAGCAAAGAAAACAAACUAACAUAUGAUGAUAGAUGAUUAAAUAUUAUAAUAAUCUAUUCCUAUUAAGCACUUUAUAAAUAUAUAUGAUAUAAAAUACGCUGUACACAUUUUUUUUAUAUUUGAUAAACAGUGGAAACCAAAGUUUUUAACCGACUCUCUGUCUCUCUGGCUCUUUUCUUUUUUUGUCAAGAUGCUAAAAUAGAGGUAACUAACCCACUAACCCUCUUCUCACUAGCAGCACACACAGCCAUAGUGUACUGUACCAGGGCAUGGUGAGCAACAACAACAACAACAACAACAACAAUCCAGGCCCACAAUACCAAAGCCAAACUUAUAGAAAUAGACUCUAUAGAGACUAUAGACUAUCUAUAGAAAAAGCUAUGUAUUUCUAUGGCCAAAUCUAUUUGUUUGAACAUAGGCAGAAAGAUGGACAGUGCAUGUACAUGACACUGUAGUGCUCUUGGCACAUGCUUCCUAAUUUGAUAAGCUUUUUAAUGUAUUAUUCCUGAGCAGAUGUGGAUGUGUAUCUGAAAUCUGAACAUGAUGACUUCCAAAGCCCCAGUAUUUUGGUUAUUUUGCUGAAAUAUUUGUUAUAUUUGACACCUUUAUUGUGUAAAUAAUCACCCUAGCUAGCUUGUGUUCUAUUUUUUCCCCUCUUAUGAAACAUGAUGACCCAUUAUUUUCUGUCUGACUUGUGUAUUUUGAUGUCUGGUUUUGGAAAAGGCUUGCUUGUCUUCACUCUCUCUCUCUCUCUCUCUCUCUCUCUCUCUCUCUCUCUCUCUCUCUCUCUCUCUCUCUCUCUCUCUCUCUCUCUCUCUCUCUCUCUCUCUCUCUCUCUCUCUCUCUCUCUCUCUCUCUCUCUGUCAGACACAGUGCUAUUUCAGGUGGAGUAUGGCAUAUGAUCUAAGCCUUAGCUACAUCCUUAAUGUGAAAUGAGUUAUCUUCAAUUAUCUGCUCGUGCCUCUUCAUUUUGUAUUUUGUAUCAGACAUUUCGCACUGCAAGGUGUAAAUUUCAUUUCAGUGUGUAAGGAUCUGUGCUUCUGUGUCUGUGAGUUAAUAUGUGUGUGUCUGGCAGGUGAGUCAGAUCUACUGUACUGUUUGUGAAUGUGUGUACAGUAUAUACAGUCAGUGACAUGUACACUGAUUGGGGAAUUAUUACAAUAUGGCAGCAGUCAGAUUACUCAAAUCUGUCACUGCAAUGAUUAAAUCUGAAUCUGAAAAAGUCGAAAUGGGGAAUGAAUGAUUGGGAAAUGUUACUUUAAUAACACCAUAAAUGGGGUUGAGAGGGAGGGCACAAGAAUCGGUCAGCCUUCAUCAGAAAUAAUAGUUAGCUUCUUGCCAUGAGUGGCACAACGAUUCUCAGGUUUAACGAAAUGCCUCAACUAUAUGGGGUCAGGAAAUUAAUCUGAAUGAAUUGAGGUGUAUGCUCACCAAGUUAUUCCAGAGUCUGUAUGGCAUGGUGCGAAAUUGGUGCGAAAUGCUAUGUACAGUCGCUAGUGAAAGUCUACAUAACCCUUGCACAGUCUUCCCAUUUGCUGCCUUAAAGUUUAAUCUCAAAAGGUGAAUACAUUGGAUUUUUUCUAGACAACCUACCCCACAUUUUCAAUUCUUUUAACGAAGUUGUCUUGAUGACGUAUGUAUACACACCCCAGAGUUAACACUUGGUGGAACCACCUUUGGCAGCCAUUACAGCUGUGAAUAAUUUUGGAUAAGAUUCUACCAACUUUGCAAAACUCUUAGGGCAACAUUAAUCCAUUGUUUAUGUCAAAAUUGCUCAAGCUCAGUAAAUUUGCUUUGGAGUCGUUGAUGGACAGCUACAGUAUAGUCAAACCGUGUCUCUGAAUUUAAAGCAAAUUUAAGUCAGGACUGAGGCUGGACCACUCAGGAACACUCAACACCUGUUAGAAAGUCAUUCUGGUUUGCCUUUGACUUUAAGCAUUCCAGGGUUAGGAAAUCAGAAGACUGAGACAGGUUUUCCUCCAACUUUAUCCUGGGCUUUGCUCCUUUCAGAUUUCAUAUUUUGUUUGAUCCUAACAAACUCCUCAGUCCCUGCCAGUGACUAGCAUACCCAUAACAUGAGGCUGCCACCACAAUACUUGAAAAUACAGAGGGGUUCACUCUGUGUUGUGUUCUAUUGGAUUUGAUCCAAGCAUGUAGUUUUUAUUUACUGGUAGGCAAAAAAGUUAAUUUCUUUACGAUGUUGAGUGAUCCUGAAUGGUCCAGUGUCAAAAUUGCUUGAAAAUUAGAGACAAGGUUUGAAUAUUGCUGUCCAUCAACGACUCAAAACAAAAUUUACUGAGCUUGAACGAGUUUGACAAAAAACUAUGGAUAUUGUCAGACCCCUUGACUUUUUCAACAUUGUGUUACGUUACAGCCUUAUUCUAAAAUGGAUUUCAAAAAUAUAUAAUCCUCAGCAAUCUACACACAAUACCCCAUAAUGACAAAGCGAAAACAGUUUUUUUGAAAUCUUAGCAAAUGUAUUAAAAAACUAAGACAGAAAAACCUUAUUUACAUAAGUAUAUAGACCCUUUCCUAUGCGACUCUAUAGACAGCCACAGAUCUGUAUAUAUAAGGUCUCACAGUUGACAGUGCAUGUCAGAGAAAAAAACAA